AUAAUGGUACUGCACCGAACCGAGCGGAACCGUACCCCUCGUCUCCUCCGCCGCGGCCCCGAGAAUGGAGAGCAUCGGCGACCUCGCCUCCGCCCUCGACGCCGCCGUAGCGAUCCCCGAGGGCGGCGGCGGCGGCGGCGGCGGCGGGGGGGCGGGAUCGGAGGCGGCGCGGGUCGCGGAGGUGAGGGCGUGGGUGGCGGCGCAGUACGAGGCGGCGGGGCGCGGCGCGGCGCCGGAGAUGGAGCUCACCCCGCGCGGCGUCGCCCACCUCCACGCGGUCGCCGCGCUCUCGCAGUCGCGCUCCCGCGCCGCCGCCAUCGUCGCCGCCGACCUCCGCCUCAAGGCCGGCGAGUACCGCGCCCAGGCCGCGCGGAUCCGCGAGAUCCUCGACCGCGUCGGCCUCGCCCGCGACAACCUCUCCCCCGCCGCCGCCGCCUCCGCUCAGGUCGUCGCCUCCGUCGCCAACCUCUUCAAUAUCCGCGACACCGAGCUCAGCAGUUUUAUCGUGGCGAAUGGGGAUCUGUCGCUGCGGAAGGCGGAUGCGGAGGAGAAAAGGGCGAAGGUGCAGAAGGAGUCGAAGGUGCUUCUCGAGUACACACGGAAGGCCAUCACCAAGCUCACCGAGCUCAAGAAAACACUUGCGAAAUUUGAGAAUGAAGUCGCAAUGCACGAGGCGCUGAUGCAUCAGUGGCAGACGAACUUGGCGAUCUUGGAAUCGAAAGAGCGGCAAUAUAUGCUUCAGCUUUCAAACUACAAGGCAAUACUAAAUCGUGUGGGUUAUACUCCAGAGAUCAAUCAUGGUGUGCUGAUGGAAAUGGCGGAGCACAAGAAAGACUUGGAAAAGAAAACAAAGCCUAUCUUGGAUACCUUGAGAAGUUACCAGGACUUACCCCCUGAUAAAACUCUUGCCGCACUAGCUAUAGAGGAAAAGAUGAGACAGUAUGCAGCUGCAGAGAAGUAUCUUGAAGAAGUGCUGCAUUCUGCUUUAAUCAGCAAUCCUGAAUUAUAACCUUUCAAAGGAGAAUUAUAACAUGUUUAUUCGCCCUCUUAAAGUCUUCUGAGAGCUUGAAAAUAUGCGCUUCCAGAUUCCGGAUAGAGUAUCUGUCGAAUACAUUCGAGAUAAAACGAAAACAUAUGAGAUUAUUAUGUUGGUUGUUUUAGGAUAGAAACAUUGCCAAAUCCCUUAUUGUGCAAUUUUCUGUGUUGCUUUUGAGAGAAGAGUAGAGAGCUACUUGUUUCAUUCAUUAAGAGUUUUCUGUAAAAAGUGAAUAGCCUACUUUGUUGAGUGGAUUCUCUCUGUAUAUUUCUCUUCUGUUUA